CGUGCUUUGUCUCUGUCUUUCAAAAAUAAACAUGAAAAAAUAUUUUAACGAAUACGUUUUUUUUGUCUUUUGGGGAUAUGAGUAACAGUUGCGCUUUUCUCUCCUUUUGUUUUUCUAAGCUUCCUUUUUGCAUGGUCUUCGUCUCCCCCAGGUUCGGCGUCUGCAGCUGGCCUCGGCUUGUCUAGAACGUCUAGAUCGUCCAGAUCUUUCUAGGUGGCAGGCUUCCCGGGAGUACUCUCGCUCAGGGCCAGGGCCCGGGGCGGGUUGGUCUGUGGUGACACUGGGGGGUGCGCCCCUGCCUCCGGUGCCCUGGUGCUACCCCUCUGCCUCGCCCCCCUUCCCCGCCUCCCAGCCUACCGGUGAGCAGCGGGGAAGGUCCUGGGGCCUCCGCCUUCCUGGUCUCUGGGCUCCCGGUGUGGCUGUGUCACAUCCGGCACCCCAGGAUCUGCUCUCUGGUUCUAGAACUCUGGCACUGCUGUCUCAGCUCUGCUCUGUUCACGUCCCUUGCUCACCGGGUCGUCAGGGUUUAGAGGUCAGGGGCCUCCAGUCCGCCAUCUGUCACCCACUCUGGCCUGGCCUUUUUUCCCAAGUGUUCGUAACUUAACUGAGAUGGUGCUCCGUUUCGUGUCCUUUUCCUCGAUCCCCUUAACGGUACGUUUCCUCGUGCGCAGGAAAACUGCGAACUGUUCGCAACGGCUGCUUACGCUACGGUCUGCUGAAGUGUUGCUGGCCUUGACUCUUUAGCUUCUGUCCCUUUUGGAACGUUAAGGACGAUGUGGUGGGGCGCCUGGGCGGCUCAGUCGGCUAAGCCUCUGACUCUUGGUUUCGGCUCAGGUCAUGAUCUCCCGGUUCGUCAGCUCAAGUCCCACAUCGGGUUCUGCGUCGGGCUCUGCGCUGUCAGCACGUAGCCUUCUUGGGGUAUUUCUCUCCAUCACUGCCUGUCUCAAAAGAAGUAAAUUUAAAAAAAAAAAAAAAAGGACGAUGCCAAAACGGACCUCCUGAUAGCACUUCAGCUCUGCGGCAUGUGUCCUUGGGAGAGAAUCCCUGCCCAGCAGUUUCAGGCAGGAAGCUGAAGCCGUAGAGGGGUGGCUCUCAGAGGGAGAGGAAGGUCAUUCUAGUCGUUUACCUUAAUCAACCUGGACGUCGAGUCCCGAUUGCCCUCAGGGUGGUGGGCCCAGCCACCGCCACCUGCCCUCGGCAAGCCCCCUGGCGGCUCCUGGGCCCACAGUGCCUGCCUCCACUGCCCCCACGUGGGAGAAAACGGCGGAGGAUAGACAGGACAGAGCUGUAAACUAAGACCGAGCAGGAGAGACCGACCCCGAGGUCGCAGAGGCUGGGGAACGGUCGCCUAGCAGGGCUGCAGGGCCGCGGGGCCGACUCGGCCUUGCGGCGUGGCCCAGUCAGGCCCUUUGUGCCGCCUUGGCCUCCCCUCCGUGGACGGGCUCGGGCCUCGAGCUCUGGAGGAGGACUCCGUGGUCAGAGUGCAGGGAGGAGCCCACGUUGCGCAGGGAGGAAGGUGAGCUGCCUUCUGGGCGGUGGCGAGCAGGGGGCGCCUCCUCUGGCUCAGGGGCCUGUGGCGCUGAGCCCUCCCAGAAGAGCCCGCACCGUGGUGACCGGUAGUCGUUGAGGACAAAAGUCACAGAGCUUUCUUUCGGCCGAGUUUCCAAGUAAAGACCUUUCUGUGGAAAGCAGCGUUGGCCUUGGGCGCGGUCCUGCCCCUCCUUCCAGAGGGUGCACCCGGUGAAUAAGCCAGCCGGGAUCUUCUCUUCACAGCUGGCUGGAGGAGGCCUCACCUUGGUGGGCAACGCCCCGUGCACAUUGCCCUGCCCUCCCCUCCCCACCGGCUCCGGCGCACCCCUCCCUGCUCCCACUAGGCCCUCCUCCCCCUUGUGCUUCCUUCCAUCGCCUCCUCCUGGGUCUCCCCAGACUCUCCCGGGCGCUGCCCCCGACGUGGCCGUCCUGAAAAGCUGGCCGUGGUAGGCCUUUGUGGUGCCCUGCAGGGCUGCGAGCUGCCUCGCCGGGGCGGGACUGCCUGCCUGGCCUCUCCAGACACAGACCCGGCAGCCCAGCAUCCCUAACGUAGACUCUGGGCCCACCCUAGCUGGACAGAUGCGCUGUGGUCACGGGCCCUAGAAAAUGAUGCUGGACGAGAACCACCACCUGAUCCAGUGUAUCCUGGACUACCAGAGCAAGGGCAAGACGGCCGAGUGCACCCAGAUCCCGCUCACGACUCAGGCCGGGUCCUGUUCCCUGCCUGGCCCUGUGCUAGAGCACAGAGCGCUGUGUUGCCUGCCCCGUCCCCGAAGGUACCAGCAGAUCCUGCACCGGAACCUGGUCUACCUGGCCACAAUCGCGGAUUCUAACCAGAACAUGCAGUCCCUGCUGCCCGCCCCGCCCACCCAGAACAUGAACCUGGGCCCCGGAGCGCUGUCCCAGAGCGGCUCCAGCCAGGGCCUGCACUCCCAGGGCAGCCUCAGUGAUGCCAUUGGCACGGGCCUGCCCCCGUCCUCCCUCAUGCAGGGCCAGAUCGGCAACGGUCCGAACCACGUGUCCAUGCAGCAGACGGCACAGAGCACGCUGCCCACCACCUCCAUGAGUAUGUCGGGCAGCGGCCACGGCACGGGGCCCGGCUACAGCCACUCGGGACCCGCCUCGCAGAGCGUGCCCCUGCAGGGCCAGGGUGCCAUCGGCAACUACGUGUCCCGGGCCAACAUCAACAUGCAGUCCAACCCAGUGUCCAUGAUGCACCAGCAGGCGGCCUCGUCCCACUACAACUCGGCGCAGGGCGGGAGCCAGCACUACCAGGGCCAGUCGUCCAUCGCCAUGAUGGGCCAGAGCGGGCAGGGGAGCAGCAUGAUGGGGCAGCGGCCCCUGGCGCCCUACCGGCCCUCCCAGCAAGGCUCAUCCCAGCAGUACCUGGGCCAGGAGGAGUACUACGGAGGCGAGCAGUACGGACACGGCCAGGCCGCCUCGGAGCCCAUGAGCCAGCAGUACUACCCUGACGGACACGGAGACUACGCCUACCAGCAGUCGUACACGGAGCAGAGCUACGACCGGUCCUUCGAGGAGUCCACGCAGCACUACUAUGAGGGCGGGAACUCGCAGUACAGCCAGCAGCAGGCGGGGUACCAGCAGGGCGCAGCCCAGCAGCAGGCCGGGUACCAGCAGCAGUACCCCAACCAGCAGAGCUAUCCCGGGCAGCAGCCGGGCUACGGGCCUGCCCAGGGAGCCGCCUCGCAGUACUCCGGGUACCAGCAAGGACAAGGCCAGCAGUACGGAAGCUACAGGGCAUCUCAGACGGGCCCGUCCGCCCAGCAGCAGCGGCCUUAUGGCUAUGAGCAGGGCCAGUAUGGAAAUUACCAGCAGUAAGGGACAAGCGUUCUUGGUAGAGCCUUGUGGUGGCAUGUCCCCUGGGGAUGGUUGGGCCGGUGGCAGUUCUGGUGAACUCUGACCUCUUGACUGCCCCUCCGCCCCACGCAGCGUCUGCAUGUGAAGCGUGCACAUUUCAUCUGGGUACGAUGCCAAGGGUGCACCGCUGGCGAGAGACGGCGCUUUGAUGGUGUGACAUAUUCGGUGCUGUGUAUAGUAUUGUACGUCCAUAAGACGGGGAGGUUGUCUCUUUUGUCCCCCUCCCCCUUGAUGUUUCUAGCUAGCUUUAGGGGUCCUGUUGUCACCAGAGUAUUCUGUGCCCAGCGAUGGGACACAUCUACCAGAUGCCAUAGUCCGUGUGUUCACAUAAGCAGGCCUCGGGUCUGCUCCUCCUCACGCAGUUGUCGUAAUGUGGGUUGUAAACUUGUCUUUCACUGGCCGCACCGCAGCCGGACACGCACGCACAGCCCCUGGGUGGCAGCCUCUCCCUGUGCCUCGAUGGCGGGGGAGGGCAUCUUCCGUGUUUUGGGUCAGUUUCUGGUACACAGCGGAAAGUAUAAACAUGCUUCGUUUGGGGAGGCUGCGAAUAGCCCUUUCCAGGCUCGUGCGCUCCCUGUGUCUCUCGCCAAUUGUGUUUAUCCAAAAUGUUUUAUGUUUUUGUAUGAAGAGUAAAGAGGGAUCAACGAGUAUAUUCCAGAUAAACGUACGAUUAGCCUGACCCAGAGAAGGAAAAGGGGUAGUUCUUUAAAAUGACUGGCCUUGGCCCUGAUUUAUCUGACGGUCAGUUCUGGGAUUUGGAUAUUUGAUAUUGCCCUAUUCUGAAUUGAGAAUUUAAAAUAUUUAUACCAAAAUUUCCAAACGGUUGGCAGGUAUUUUCUUUUACAUUCUUUUCUUCCAGGACCUGCUUAUCCAGGUCUCUAAGCAAGUGUUCCUUUUCUUUUAGAGAGAUCUGAAGUUCACACCUUAUUUUCAAAAAGAACCCCACAAAUUUGACUGUGUUCUUCCCAAGGAAAAGGAUUUAUGUAGGGAAAUUUGAGUAAAUUUUACAUUCUUAGAACAUCAAAUCCCAUUUAAGUUCUCAAGCAUUAUACACAGCUCACUUGGAGAAGCAUAGUAAAAGGAAACCUUCUGGUUCACUAACUAGUAAUACAAACAUUCUGUCCGCUUUUACCUGGACAAUAGUAUCCAUGUGAGUACUUUAAAAACGUAUUUGGAUAAAUGCUGACAUACUUCCAAGAACAAGCAAGAAAAUUCAAGAAAAUAUCCAAUUUUUCACAUACCAGGUCUACUGAAGAUGGUGUUUUUAAAUUGAUAAGUUUCGCGUUUGAAAAGUCUACAAUAGUCCUUCAUCCGGAGGUGUUGACUGGCUUACAGUUUACAAGGCAUUUGAUGCUGUUUCUGUUCUGUUUUCUUUUGUUUCGUUGCUUGAAUGAGUCGUGACAGUCCACACUGGGAAGUACGGAGGCAAUUACUGCUCCCAUUUUACAGAUGAAGAACUGAGGUGCAGAUUAAAGAUUGCCCCAGAUGAGUACCAGUCCUGUUCUGGCAUAUUUUCCCCUCUUCUGUGGGGACAGAAUCACACGUACAUUGGGAUAGGAGUGUCUAUUUUAUAGGCAUAUGGGUUUUAAAAACUCUUAACGCUGGUAAGGGCUUAAAGAUACGUACUCUAUUAAAUUACUGAAAGAGAGUUCUUAGUUGCUAAAUGACACAGACAUUAGCAAUUUCAUUUAGGGAGGUUUCUCCCUCGAUUUUGUCCUGUUCUUUCCUGACAGUUUUCAUAGAACUAAUUUGCAAACUCCAUCGGGAACUAAAAUUUCCCACUGAAAACGUUACACAUUUUAGAUAACUGUGAAAGUGGUUUCAUUUUUCUUCCUUGCCAAUCUGCAAAUAUGCCUUUUAUGUGUGUGUGUUUUUUUAAGUGCUGUAUUAAUACUUUUUGAAAGGAAAGGACACUUACACUUAUCCCAGAACUUCAAUCUGAAAUGUCUUACAUUAAGAAUUUCUUGAAUGUUGUGUAUAUAUUUUAAAAAGCACUUUGUGAAAUAGUUUGUACAUUUAUUUCCUAAUUUAUACAUGAUUUGGGGUAUUAAUAUAUUUAAUGAUUAAUAACGGAAUGUUUAUUUAACGUCUCGUCCGUUUUUAUGUGCUGUUGUGGGGAAGAGGUGGUGCCAGCAGUUCUGUUUUAUUAAACCUAUUACAUCUUCUCUUCUGUAACAUGUUUGCAAAGCUUAGGCUAAAGUGAGUUGUUCGUGCAGUGUGGUCGAUGGUGCUUUGUUUUUUAUGACUCCUUCCACAGAAGGCCAGUGACGAUGCAAAGGACGCUUGGAACGUGAUGCUCAUUCUUCCUCCCAAUUGUCCCCGAGCCACAGCAGGUCUCGGACCUGAGAGACGCCCGCAGCGUCCAGAAGUGCACGCGAACACGGCGGCACGCAGAACCUCACCCCCGUUAGAGUUUGCCGUGCAGCCACUGGCUAGUGGGGACCUGGGCUGCUGGAAGGUUCCGGGGGUGGGGGGGGCAGCCUCAGGACCGCUGGGCUGCGAGGGCCCAAGCCUCAGGGCCGCCGGUGUUUGCGGGAACAGGUGGUCUGAGUGCGGGCGUCUGUUCAGAGCCGCACAGGAGGAAGAUGCUUCUGUUCCCCUUUCAAUUUGUUGCGCUGUUACUUCAUUUCUAGUAACGGAACAGGUCAAAUUCGUCUUAUUUGUGAGCACGGUACAUUUUCUGAAAAACAUCCUAUCAGUUCAGUUUUUUCCGGUCGGGAGUUUGGCGCGUAUAAAUUGCUUAUGAUUUGGUGUAAUGUAUGAAUAAACUGGUUCUUCAAAACCACCCUAA